AUGGUGAUAGAGUGGUCUUCAGACCCUCAUCCUGCAGAUCGAGAAAUAUGGGACUCAUCAGUGCACGAUGAGAUCCAGAAGUUGCGAGAUUUUGUAGAGGGGCAGUUCAAGCAACAAGCUGAGCUCUUGAAGCAGUUGAGCGUGAAUCACAGAAGGGGAAAAGCGAGAGCUUCGAGUCAUGAUAAUGGAGACAAGGAAAAGGUAGCUAUGGUGAUGCCGGUGCUUCCGCCACCGGCUCUUGGCAGCUCGCCAGAAGGCGAGUCAAAGGCAUGGACGGCAUGGGCGGCAUGGGCGGCAUGGGCGGCAUGGGAUGGGCUGGGAGAAGAGAGUACACCAUCGGGAUCCAUCAGGUCCAUGGCAAAGGGAUCAGAUGUAAGCGGCAUAACACCGCGAGAGGCUACAUCCAGGGAGGGCACGGACAUGGAUUUUCUUUCCGUUUCCAGUCCUCAAGACGAAGAUCGCGUUCGCAAGGAGUUCCGAGAGCUGAACUCACCGUCAGCCAUAGCCGAUUGGAUCAUGCGAUCUCAAGUCUUCAUCUAUGGCAUCAUGUUCGUCAUUCUGUUUAACCUCGUGUCUCUAGGAAUUGAGGUUGACAUUGCGGCGAAGGUUGGACAAAAUGACGUUCCCAAGUACUUUGACUACAUGAACCUGAUUGUGGUCAUUAUUUUUAUCAUGGAAUUAGCUGUGAACGUCACCGCAAAUGGGAUUUACAAGUUUGUUUGCGGCGGGGACUGGCUUUGGAACAUUUUUGAUGUCAUUAUUGUAGCCCUGUCAGCUCUAGAAACUGGCACUAGCUUCCUGGCAAGCUCUCCGACAGGAACAUCCCAGGUGAGUCCAAGUCAUUUACGCUUCAUGCGCCCAAUCCGCCUAGCACGUGCGCUGCGCGGGGUGCGAGUCAUGCGCCUCUUUCGGUAUGUGGGGGCUUUGCGGACACUGUUGCUGUCCAUCAUGAGCAGCAUAGCAUCACUGUUCUGGACCAUAGUCUUGCUGGUGCUUCUCUUCUACAGCUUCGGCGUUCUUUUGACGCAGCUUGUGUCAGAUUACUGCCGGGACCAAGCUAUUGUGGAAACAGGCGACCUGAACGCAUCCCCAGAGUGCAGCAACCUCACGUACAGCAGGUUAUGGAGUAGCGUCCCAGAAGCGAUGUUGACGCUUUUCAUGGCGAUCUCUGGUGGCAUCGAUUGGGAUGACGCGCUCAUACCAUUGCAAGAGGUCUCCCCUGUUGCAGUUGCAGCUUUGCUCUUGUAA